GGUACAAUAGAUGGCAGUCAUAUGUUUGUUUUGUUUUCUAGAAACAACAUCGUCUGUCAAAGAACAAUUGUGUGGUUAGAAAAGGAGACUGUUGCUUUUGAGUGCUGGAUUAUUCGCUAAUGUUACUCAAGGAAGUAAUUUGACAGCACGCAUUUAGAAAAGCAUCAAGUCUUAUUUUGUACAAAUAUAUUUAAGAUCUAUUCGCAAUUUGACAAUUGCCCACUUCUGCAAAAGCGUCGAGACGGAAAAUAGUUUUCCUGGUCGCGAGCUACCGCGAGGAUCUAUUGAAUCAUCACACCCCAUACUGUUGUCUUCAAGUUAAUACUUGCUAAAUGGGUGCUCAUCGAAGUGAGGGACGGAGGGAUUGGCUUCAACAAGAUGCUGUUGAACAGCCGCCCAUACAAACUAUGAAUCCAUGGAACAUCAUGAUAAAACACAGACAGGUCCAUCGCCGGGGCAGACGCUCACAGAUGACCGUGAGCUACACAGAUCCUGUUAUAUCCAUGGACCUCCUCCGAACGGUUCUACAGCCCAGCUUCAAUGAGGACAUUAUGGGAGUUUUCAGAAAAUACAUGAAGUUCUUUGAGAAAGCAGCCAGCAAUGUCAAGGAGAAUGUUGGAGACGACGUGCAGACCGACCAGCUGAUCCGAGAAGCCUGCAGAAACUGCCUGGAAAAUGCCAAACAGAUCUUCUCAGAUGGGGAGAAUGUGGCAGUGGCAAGACCAGGGCCUGAGCUUCCAUUCAAGCGGGUGAAUCUGGACGAUGAGUCCAGCCAAAGGGCCAGCCCAGUUCCAAAAAAGGUAAACUAGUCUGCCCUUGUAGAA